CUUGCAUCACCCCCAAAGAGAUCUUCAUCGUCCUCGGAAACAGCAAUUAGUUGGCAAACCAACAUUUCACAUCUUCACUCUCGUCACAGUUUCCUGUUGUGGUAAGAAGCUUGUGAGUUUGAUCAGGAGGUGUGCAGACUGACACACGCUUCUGCUGAACAACUUGUUAACUCAACAUCUAAACUGUAACUCUCACAUCCACUUGCCCAAAUGUCAAACCCCGUGAUCACCAGCCAGCCAGGGGUCGGCUCCUAUGGGACAAACGUCCAGACAGGACAGUGGAGCACAGACCUGUGCUCCUGCUGCAGUGACGGCUUGAUCUGUGUUUCUGGCUUGUUUUGUCCGCUUAUACUGGCGUGCUACACAGCAAAUAAGUACGGAGAAAACUGCUGCUUGCCUUUGGUCCCAGGAGGCUUGGCAGCCAUGAGGACUCACAUGAGGCUGACUUAUGGCAUUCAGGGGACAAUAUGCAACGACGCAUUGAUGACCUGCUUCUGUGGAAAUUUGGAAACGUGCAGGAUGGCACGAGAGAUCCGCAUCAGGAACGGAGAAACCUCAUUGUGAUCUCAACCACAAAUCUUGACUCACUUUAUAGGAGAGUUUGUCUGAUGACUUUGUCACAAUUGAAGUAAUCAGGUCAUUUUUCUGUUUUGAUCCAGGUUCACCCCAGACAAAAAAGUGGAUGAGUCUUUAUAAUGAAGUACAUGCGAUUUAGUGGAUUAGAACUAAUCAUAUCUGUAGCCUCAUGCAGUAAUGGUGUGGCCAUGUAAUGUAAUUUGUCCUGCAUUUGUGUAAAUAAACUGCUGUCCAAUCAGCUUGAUGUCAUAAUGUCUGCAUGUCUGUUAUACUUUUGCCUCCAUUCGUUUAACAAUCGUGC